GAACAGGAUCUAAUUCACUAUCUUAAGAGCAAGGCAAAUGCCAGUGCCACCGAUAUUAGUUUUUUGUUCAGAUAUUUAAGAAUUUGAUGAUGGAAGAGACAGAAGAUGAUCUUGAUAAACUGUGGCGUGAUAUAAAGGUAAAUGAACGCUUUCAAGGCAAGCAAGUUGUUCUGAACUACUUUGAAAAUAGACUGUUGCCUGCAUUCAAAACUCAUGCAGCAAUCUGGAUAUUGAAAGAAGUUGGAGUUACUAAUCCAGACAUGGGAAUUACUAAUAACCCUGCUGAGUCAAUCAAUGCUGUUCUUCAUGCCUUACAGAAUUGGAAACAAGUUCCCCUAGACAUGGUUUGCCUCUCUUUAUUUCAUUUAAGCUCGUAUUAUUACAGAGAAAUUGAAAGAGCUUUACACCAGUUAGGCAACUGGAAUGUUAAAGAUGAAUACUUUCAUCUACUACGAGAACCAUCUCUUAUGCCCCGUUUGCCCAAAGUUUCUGAUCCUAAAGAGAUAGUUGCUAGAGUUAAAAGUGGCUUACUACCAUCUCAUUCCGGCAAAGAUGACAAAGAGAUUAUUGAGUCAGCCAAUAGAAAAACAGAUUUAACUGUGGAUAGCAGCAUAUUUUCUCUUGCUGUUGAUGCUGUAGAAAAACGGUACGUUUCUUUAGCUGACACAGGUUGCUGGGUAGUGAGAGCUACUGAUGGAAAGACACCUUAUGCUGUUAGGCUCUUCCCUAAGGAGCAGUGUUCCUGUGCACAGGGUAAAAACUGUUACCACAUUCUUGCUUGUAAAUUAAUGACUGGACAAGAAAUAAGGGAUUUUGUUCCACCAAAGCCUAACAUGACAUGUUUACAGCAACAGGCAAGGAGAAAGAGAAAAGAAAAGCCAGCGGGGAGGAAAAAACCUUGAAAUUUUGACUUUAAACCAAUGAAUCCACCAGACACUGGAUUGUCGGAUUUUGAAGAAGAUGAUACUGAAUCUAAGAAUGUGGGUAUCAGAGAAGGUCAUUCUAAAAGUAGAAAUAUUCGAAGUAAAUUAUAAUUGUUUAUUUAUUCUUGUAUUUUUUUAUGUGCAUU